AUGUUGCUGGCCCGUGCUUACCUUGGAAUGCAAUGUUUCUGGGGAGAGUCAGCUUUCGCCAAGGUGAAAGGAAUCAAAAAGACACGGGUUGGAUAUGCCGGUGGAACAACUGCCAAUCCCACUUACGGAAAUAUUGGAGAUCAUACCGAGAUUACUGAGUCCAAGUAUGGCGACAUCGAGACCUACGUUGUCAAGUUAGAUAAGUUCUAUCAGGCAGAGGACUAUCAUCAGAAAUACUGGCUUCGAAAUCAGAGGGAUAUCUUCGAUGAACUGAAACUAAACGAUAGCCAAGUCGCGAACUCUAUUCUCGCUACUAAGAUUAACGCCUACUGCGCUGGAUACACCGAUUUCUCUGAGCUAGAAGAACUGAAGAAAGACCAUGGUCUAUCCGACAGUUUGGUGGAUCGAAUAAAAAGAUUUGCUUCAGCUGGGGGCGAUCCAAGGGCCUGUCAUUGA